AUGGGUUCUGCUGCAUCGUAUUAUGAGUCUCUGGUAGAGAUUCCUGAAAUUAUGAAUAACGAUCAAGAAGAAUCUACUGGGGUGAAUUCAAUUUCAAGAGUUUCGUUUCAAUUACCUCCCAAGAAACUAUUCGAAACUCAAUCUCCCUCUCCAAAACAUCUUUUGCCACCGUCGCCUAGCAAGGUUUUUCUCCAACCAAUUCAAAAUCCCUUUCCUGCCAAAGCAAGUUUCGUCCAAUUUCCACAAAAUGAUUCGUCUCCUCCAGCCCAACAACAACCAAUUAGACGAUACAAAUUCUCAUCAUCACCUAGGUCAACCAUGAAAGAAAACACUGAUAAGAGUCCUUUCCAACAAUUGAUUCGAAACUAG